AUGCUGGGCCGGCGGCGGGUCUUCGCGGUGGAGCCGCGCGGCGGCCCGGGAAUGCUGGGGGCGUUGGGGCGGCCGCGUAGCCUGAUACUGACUCUCCUUGCAGAUAGGGCGGCGGAGGACCCGGCGCGCGGGUGUGUCGUGCCCGGAGUCAGCAGCACCUACAGAAGGAUCCCGGACGCAGCCGGGGGUGCUUCCCCGCCCUGGAACGCGGAGGCCCAGCUGAGGGGCCCAGGGAGGCGGGUGCCACUUCUGAAACUCGCCUCCCGAGACUCGGGAGUGGAGAUGGCAGUUGGAGAUAGCUCCCUGGUCACUUCCCCGGGCCUGUCUCUGGACUCUCUGGACUUCGAUCCUUCGGGAAGCUCCGAGGCCCCCGCCCUCGUGGAGCCCCCGGCCCAACUCGGCAGGCUCCUGGCCAGUCGAACGCUGGAGCAGGUCCUGGAGCGCUCCCGCUGCCACCCUUCUUGCCCAGCCAGCUGGUCCCAGCAGCACCGCCCCCUGCAGCCGCCAAGCAAGCCUGCGUGUGAGCUGCCCGCUUUGGGAGGCGGGGAGCAGGAGACCACUGGGUCAGAAAAGGACCUGGAGGCAGCUGAGGGGGUGAGGGCCCUGGAGCCUGAAGUCUGGACCAGCCUCCCAGGACAGGGUCUCCGCUACCUAGAACACCUGUGCCUCGUUCUGGAGCAGAUGGCCAGGCUCCAACAGCUCCACCUGCAGCUGCAGACCUGGAGGCCCGCAGGGUCACAGGACCCUGGAGAGGAGUCACCUGCCCCAGCUCCUUCACUCUCACCAUCCCCUGCCCUGAGCAAUGAGGCGCAGGUGCCGCCUUGGGACCUGCCAAGCCAGACAAAGGAUGCAGGGGCAAAGGCAACUUCAUCCCCCAAAGUGGGGGUGCCUGGCACCGACCUCGCCCACCUGUCCGAAGCCUCAGAGGUGCCAGCUCACACCUUCCCACCCUCCCAGGGACACAAGGUCAAGGUCCUGCUCAACCGGAUCUUCUGGAGAAACUCUCGACAUCCUGAGCCCCUUGUCCCUCGGGCUGGCCCCGACCUCAGGAUUGAGUCCAGGGAUCUCCCUGAAAGGUCUCAGUGUCAUCCCCGCCGGAAGACUUUCAUGCCUUCGCUGGUAGUUAGGAAACAACGAGCAAAAAACCUUUCUGUCUGCUAAGCCUAGCUUGUGCAGGGUGUGACCCUUGGGGUGAGGUGGGGCGGGGCACCGGCGGCAGGGAAGUCUCUGCCCUCGCCCUCCAGCCCCGUGGCUGUUUCUCUUCACCGCUGGGUGAAGCUGUGAUGCUGGCCCUUCUCUGAAGCUAGGGGCUGAGUCUUCCUCCUCGGACCAGCCUGGCAGUAGGGACCCAGUCCCCUGAGAGUCCCCCAAUGUGACAAGUCUAAGGUUCCUCCCUGCUUGCCAGAAAUCCCUGGGCUUCUACAAUGUGAACUAACUUAUUUCUCAAGUGCCCAUGCCAUGUUACAGAUGCGUAUUUAUGGAUAAGUCUAUGCCCAUUAGCUGUGGCCAGCAGUGUUAGGAGCUGGCUGGAUCCAGCCAUCCCUUUGGGUAACAAGCACCCUCCAAAACUGGUAAAGGCGACUUCUGGACGAGGUCAUCUGCGUGCAGAAGGAUGGAACUGCCCGCAGUUGCUGAUCCACCUGGGUUCCUGCUUUCCUCAAGCACAUGCUACUGGGAAGCCUCUGACAGGGUCUGGUCCCUGGAGCAGGGUCCCUGCAGAUGGCACUAGGAAUGGCAGGCCUGGCGACAACAGACCAAGGAUGCACCUUCAAGAAUACCUUCAAGGUCAAUUCUCGGCUGCUCUGUUCCCUGCUAGCUUUUACCCGUCAAAGCCCAAACCAGAAGCUCAUACCAAAACUCACUGCCAUCAAGCCGAUUCCGAUUCAUCAAGACCCUAUAGGACAGAGAGCAGAACUACCCCUUUGG